CGGUUCAGGAUCUCAGGGCUCGAAGACUCGGAGCUGGGGGCCUCGGUGCUCGGUGACUCUGUAUCGCCGGUCUGUCCCGACGAGGGGCCUCACCUGGGUCGCAGCAGAAUUACGUCAGAAGCAGACACUUCUCCGUCCCCCGUCCCCCCACGCCGCGCACGCGCAGGCCUGGACGCGCGCAGCCCGAGGGGCGGGGCGGGGCAGGCGAGGGCCGAACCGACGCGUCGAGCGCUUGCCCGGGCGGCCCCACCUCGCUCGCGCCGCUUCGCCCCUCAAGGAAUGGCCAAUGGGCUCGCAGGGCCCGCCCCUGACGACGCGGGCCCCGCCCCCUGGAGACAGGCCGCCAUGGAGCCGGGAACCCGUGGCUAGCGGGCGGCUGGUCGAGGGCGGGACCGGGCCGGGGGCCGGGGGCCGGGGGCGGGUUCCGGGAGGCCCUCCACCAUGAAGCUGACUCGGAAGAUGGUCCUGUCCCGGGCCAAGGCCUCGGAGCUGCACAGCGUGCGGAAGCUCAACUGCUGGGGCAGCCGCCUCACAGAUGUCUCCAUCUGCCGGGAAAUGCCCAGCCUGGAAGUGAUCACCCUCAGCGUCAACAGCGUGUCCACCCUGGAGCCCGUGAGCCGCUGCCAGCAGCUGAGUGAGCUGUACCUGCGGAGGAACCACAUCCCCAGCCUGGCGGAGCUCUACUACCUGAAGGGCCUGCCGCGGCUGCGCGUGCUGUGGCUGGCGGAGAACCCGUGCUGUGGGCCCGACCCACACCUCUACCGCAUGACCGUCCUGCGUAACCUGCCGCACCUGCAGAAGCUGGACAACCAGACGGUGACCGAGGAGGAGCUGUCCCGAGCAUUGCUGGAGGGAGAGGAGGUCACGGCCCCCGGCGGAGAGGGAGCAGGGAACGGCCGGCCCGAGCUGUCCUACGGCCUGAGCGCCCUGAACACCGCCACCGAGAUCCAGCGGGACGCGCUCAGCUGUGGCGAGGGGGAGGCCAGCGUCCAGGGCCAGCUCAGCCCGAAGCCCCCUUCCCGGGACCCGUUCCCCUCCUUCUCACAGAGGGAAGCCGUGAGCGGUCGCAGGAACAGGAACAAUGUCCUGACCGCCAUCCUGCUGCUGCUGCGGGAGCUGGAUGCCGAGGGGCUGGAGGCCGUGCACCAGACCGUGGUCAGCCGGCUCCAGGCUCUGCACAAGCAGGAGCCGCAAGAGGACGUGGAAUGACGGUCAGCCGGGACCCGAGCCGCCGGGCCUUCCUCCCAGGACCCUGUGCCCCAGCAUCUGGGAGGUGUGGGGUCCACAGCCACGGCCUCCACUGCAUCCUGAGUGCCCGCAUGCGGGCUGUGUCCCCAGAAGCUCAGCGCCGCCUGGGAAGGCCACGCCCCGGGUGUAGGAGGCGGGAAGGGCGCCGGGCACUGCUCCGGGCACGCUCCACUGUGCGGGGCCCAGGCGUGUGCCGCCCGCCUCGCCUCGCCUCACCUCUUCUCAGGCGGCGUUGCAGCCACUGUCCCUAAUAAAUAUCUUCCCCAAGUCCAGUCUGGAAGCAGA